GACACUAGACUGUUAGGGCCCGGAUGCGGAGCAUGCGCCACAGACUCCGUCAAUAAUCCAGUGGGUCGGGCUACACAUACAGUAUCUACCGAGAAUGGUGCGCUUCAAGUCCCGAUACCUGCUGUGCGAGAUUUCAUUUGCCAGCCCUAAUGGCUGGCAGCAUGUAGAUGAAAAGAAGUUGCAUCGUGCCAUCCUGGAGGCAAUUCAAAAGGUCCACGGCGACUUUGGGGUUGCCUGCUGCGCCGUGUCCUUUGCAGUUAAGUACCUCAACACUUACACUGGUAUUCUACUUCUUCGCUGUCGGAAGGCCCAUUAUCGCUUACUCUGGUCAACACUGGCUUUCAUCCACCAGCUGGGCAAGAAAGAGACUUGUGUUAUCACCUGCAUACAUGUCGGCGGUACCAUUCGAACGUGCCAGAAGUUCCUUAUUGGAUACAACAAGCAACAACUGCUACGUAAGCUGCCGGCCUGUAAAAGUGAAGCGGAGCGCACAGCCUUACAAGAGGCAGUGAGGAGCUGCUCGCUGAAGGAGCUACAGGAGGAUGUGGUGUCGGCUAGCGAGGAAGACUCCAAUUAAGUCAACGUGUGGACUCACGCUACCAGAAGUAUUACUUUUUUUUAAUGGCUCAUUUUGUAUGUACAGCUUUUUAAAUAAAGCACUGCCGUCAAAUA